AUGGAGUUUGGCAAGAAGCCCGCCGGACGACUGUCCUGGGCGUUUAAAGGCACACUGGUGGCAUUCGUCAUAACGCAGAUUGCGUUGGUCGCGGUCCUGGCGACCUGGGAUGGCGUGGCGCAGGUGGACAGCGGCAUUUGCGGCGGGUAUCAAGCGAGCAAUGUCGUCGAGAGCGACUUUGGCGUCCAGGCCGAUCUGGACUUGAUUUCAGACAACUGCUCCCUCUAUGGCGCAGACGUCCCCAGCCUGCGGCUUAUUGCUGAGUAUCAAUCAGAUAAGCGACUUCAUGUCCUAAUCCAGGAUCGCGAUGGCGAGCGCUAUCAGGUGCCCGAGGAUAUCGUCCCUCGGCCGGGCUUCUCCACGGGUCUGACCAAGAAGCCAGAUCUCAAGUUUGACUUCACCAAGGCACCAUUUUCCUUCACUGUCUCGCGACGGUCUACGGAGGAGAUCCUCUUCUCGACCAAGAACACCUCUCUCGUGUUUGAGAGGCAGUACCUUCGUCUGCAGACAUGGCUCCCUUCCCAACCGAACCUAUAUGGCCUCGGUGAGCAUAGUGAUCCUUUCCGUCUCAAGACCACAGACUACAGCAGGACAUUGUGGGCUCGAGACUCAGGGGCGAUCCCGUCAAAUAACAACCUCUAUGGCUCACACCCAAUCUACGUGGAUCACCGACUGACCGGAACGCACGGUGUCUUCCUCCUCAACUCGAAUGGCAUGGACAUUAAGCUGAACCAGGACCAGAAUGGGGACCAGUACAUGGAGUACAACAUCAUUGGAGGCGUUUUGGAUUUCUACUUCUUUGCGGGGCCCGGACCUGAAGACGUGGCACGGCAGUACGCCGAAGUCGUUGGCGUGCCGGCCAUGGUGCCAUACUGGAGCUUGGGGUACCACCAAUGCAAGUACGGCUACCGCGACUGGUUCGAGGUGGCAGAGGUGGUCCACAACUACUCUGUUGCCAACAUCCCACUCGAGACCAUGUGGACCGAUAUCAACUACAUGGACCACCGCCGCACCUUCACCCUCGACCCUGGGAACUAUCCGAUUGAGCGCAUGCAGGACCUUGUUGAGUAUCUCCACGAGCGCGACCAGCGCUACAUUCUCAUGGUGGACCCUGCUGUUGCUGAACAUGACUAUCCUGCCUACAACCGUGGCAACGAGAUGGAUGUGUUCGUCAAGAGAAGGGAUGGAAAAAAGCCGUUCCGAGGCGUUGUAUGGCCAGGCGUCGCAGUCUUCCCGGACUGGUAUCACGAGAAUACCACCGACUACUGGAUGGAAAUGUUCCACAACAGCUUCAACCCCGAGACAGGCGUCGACAUUGACGGAGUGUGGAUCGACAUGAAUGAGCCUGCCAGCUUCUGUCGUCAGGGUUGCAAUCCCGACCAGGAGGCCAAGAACCGCAAUCUCCCGCCCAAACCACCCGCCGUCCGUGAACCACCAAGGUCUAUCCCGGGCCUGCCGUUCAACACCAGCCGAGAGGUGGUGGCUAGCAAGUUUACGGAGCAGAAGACGCUGCGCGAGCUGGCGUCGCGAGGCCUUGACUCCAAGAAACACUACGACGUCAACCACGCGGCCGAUGACCUGCUCUCGCCACCCUACAGCAUCAACAACAAGGCGCCAGGUGGCAAGUUGAGCGACAUGACCAUGGAUACCGACUUGACGCUCGCGAAUGGCCUGACGACGUACGAUACCCAUAAUCUGUAUGGGGCCUUGAUGAGCAUGACCACUAGGGCUGCCAUGCUUGCUCGUCGGCCCAACCUGCGUCCCUUUGUCAUCACGCGAAGCACAUUUGCCGGCACAGGGCAUUACGUGCAAAAGUGGCUCGGUGAUAACGUCUCUCGAUGGAGCUUCUACCGCAUUCAGAUCGCCCAGAUGCUCAGCUUCGCAUCCAUCUUCCAGAUCCCCAUGGUCGGCAGCGACGUGUGCGGCUUUGGCGAGAGCACCAACGAGAAACUUUGCGCACGCUGGGCGACACUCGGCGCUUUCAACCCCUUUUACCGCAACCACGCGACGGAGAGCGCGGCGCACCAGGAGUUCUACCUCUUGCCGCUCGUCACAUCGGCGGCGCAGUAUGCGAUUGACAUUCGCUACCGCCUGCUCGACUACAUCUACACGGCGCUCGAGUUCCAGAGCCGCGACGGGACCCCCGCCGUGCUGAAGCCCAUGUGGCACGUCUACCCACAGGACGAGGAGACCUUUGGCAUCGACCUGCAGUUCUUCUACGGAGACUGUGUCCUCGUCUCGCCUGUGACGCAGGAAGGGGCCACGGACGUGGACAUGUACAUGCCCAAGGGUGCGCUCUUCUACGAGUGGGAAAGCCGUGCGCCGGUCAAGGGCAAUGGCUGGACGACGAUCAAGGACGUUGCGUUUGAUCGCAUCCCGCUGCACAUCCGCGGCGGCUGCAUCCUGCCCUUGAGGAAUGAAAGCGCGUACACGACGACAGAGCUCCGGAAGCAGCCAUUCGAGCUGCUCGUCGCGUUGGGCUCCGAUGGCGCUGCGUCAGGGAGGCUCUACGUGGAUGACGGGGUGAGCCUCGACGGCGGCGAGGGUCGUGCCGAGAUUGAGUUCCACCACGUCGGCGGGAAGCUGGAUAUUACUGCGACGAGGGCCUCUGGUAAGCAGGUCGCGUUGGAGGACAUAGGCGUCGACAUUGCCAACGUGGUCGUCCUGCGACAGAGUGAGGAGCCAGGCGAUGAGCUCUAGACCAGCUGGACUGGUGCUGCUCAGAGCUGUACAUACUGUGAAUAACUGAUGGAUUGUGAAUAAGAAUCGUUGCACUGCGAUACCUAGAUCCUAUACGUAGGGCAUGUGAGAACGCCAAGUUCUCCAACCCCGUCUCCAACUUCCAAGGUCGAGGGGUGAGACAGGCAAUGAAUGCUUGGAGUCGUCAUUGGUACAUCAUCGCAGCUUCCAGGUCUCCCCACAAUAUUGUCGUCACCGUCGCGUAGCUUAUAAGAGCUACUACUCACACCACGACCCCAAAAGAUCACCUUUUCUCUUAUAACACACACGAUUCCUGCCCCUACGGUCGAUUCCUACUCCUGGAGACGAC